CCCGGCCCGCCCCCGCUCGCGCUCCGCGUCGCCCGGCGCCGCAGACACUCGCCCCGUCCUCCGAGUCCGCUGCGGACGCCUCGCCGGGCGCGGAGCCCAUGGAGACCACGCGGGGCGAGCCCCCCGAAAGCGGCGGGGCCGAGGCGCUGCUGGGCGAGCUGGAGGCGCUGGUCCAGGACGUGGUGAGGAAGAGCUCGUGGUGGGAGCGCCACGGCGUGGACUGCGCCAUCCUUGCGCUCAGCCUUCUCGCCUUGCCCGCAGGGUUCCUGUGCCUGCGAUCCGAGAAUGUCCUGACCUUUGCUCUGGGCAUCGCCAUCCUGGGGGUGUGCCACUACACACUCACUGUCAAGGGCAGCCAUUUAGCCACGCAUGGGGCCCUCACCGAGUCUAGACGAUGGAGCAAGAUCUGGGAACUUUUCUUUGUGGAGGUGUGCACAGCCUUCACCGCGGAGUAUGCCAAGUACGGACAUGUCAAGAUGCACCAUGGCUACACCAACGUGCUGGGCCUGGGGGACUCGAGCACGUGGAGGCUGCCUUGCCUCAACCGCUAUGUCUACAUGUUCCUUGCUCCUCUCUCAAUCCCCAUCAUAACCCCUCUGGUGGCUGUUGAGCGGCUAAGAGAGGUGGAGCUCAGGACGGCUCUGCGGACACUGGCCCUGAUUGCCCUGGGCCUUUAUACUCACUACUGGCUUCUUCUGAACAUGUCUGGCUUCCAGAGCCCUGGCUCGGCCCUGGUCUGCAUGCUCAUCACCAGAUCCCUGCUGGCCCACCCCUACCUCCACGUCAACAUCUUCCAGCACAUUGGGCUGCCCAUGUUCUCCCGGGACAAGAAGCCCCGACGGAUUCACAUGAUGAGCCUUGGUGUGCUCAACCUGCCGCGGCUGCCUGUGCUGGACUGGGCGUUCGGCCACUCCAUCAUCAGCUGUCACGUGGAGCACCACCUCUUCCCCAGGCUCUCGGACAACAUGUGCCUGAAGGUGAAGCCCGUGGUGUCUCAGUUCCUCCAAGAGAAGCAGCUGCCAUACAACGAGGACUCCUACCUGGCUCGCUUCCGCCUGUUUCUCAGUCGCUACGAGGAGUUCAUGGUGCAGACCCCUCCCAUCACUGAGUUGGUGGGGCUGCAAUGAGGGGUGGGCUGGCACUGUCACCCUGUGCCCCCUCCCCGGCCCAACCCUGGCUUUCUUGCUUCUGUUGGCUAUGUCUGGGGCCCUUCCCCCGUGGGUGUGCUUGGUUGCCGGAGCAUGGAGGCCCUGGGUGGGCAGCGAGGCACAGAGCUCCGGGUGACCUCCCCUGUUUGUUUCUCUGGGUUUUGAAGGAUGUGUGAAGGAAAGGAAUAAAGGUGACUGGGCAUGCUGGUGACUCUGGA